AAGCCAUUUAUCUGUGGCAUUUGCUCAAAGGCAUUUGGUCAGCAUUCGAACAUCAUUCUCCAUAUGCGGUCACACACUGGAGAGAAACCCUACAUAUGUGAUGUUUGUUCGAAAGGCUUCAGCGGUAAAAGUGAUUUAAACAGACAUAAAAAUAUCCAUUCGGUCAUAAAAAAAUACUGGUGUGACGACUGCAAGAGAGGCUUUAAUGACAACAGUGGAUUUCGACGUCACAAACUCAUCUACCAUAGCGCAAUAUCAAAAAAAUGCACUAUUUGUCCAAAAUCAUAUCUUGCACAAAAAGAUCUAGAUCGGCAUAUGAAGACCCACAACAAACCAGAGAAGAAACCAAAUCCCACCAAAGAUUCACCUACUAUGGUUCCAGAAAAACCCCUUGCUAAAGAAGAUUCCAAACCUCAUAAAUGUGAGCAGUGUAAUUUUGCCUGCUCGAAAAGAAGCAACUUACGUAAGCAUAUAGCUUACGUCCAUUGCUUGGAAAGAUUCUAUAAAUGUGAUAUCUGCUUUAAAGGCUUCAAAUCCAGCUGGGCGUUAAAGAGACACAAGCAGGUUCAUUCAGAAGAGAAGAUUUUCCAGUGUGAAUUAUGCGAGAAAGGUUUCAAUGAUACGGGUAGCUUUAAAUAUCACAUGAAAUCGCACAGAGGUGAAAGGUCAUACCACUGUGAAAUUUGUGCCAAAUCGUUCAUAUUGAAGUCGGACCUAAAGAAACACAUGUCCUCUCAU